CUUCCGGUUUCAAACAUGGUAGACGUGUUUUCUACAAUUUCCAACUUCAAUGGAUAAUUUAGGCGAUAUUGACGUUGAUUCGGACGCUCUCGAACGGAUUCUAGCUAAAUGCGAGGACCAAAGCAAGGAAUCCAUCGUCUCUGAGUUGUGCGAAGACUUUAGAGAAGCGGAAUUGGACGUUAUACGACAAAGAUUCUUUGAUGUAAGUGUUACCGUUCUUACUGAAAAAUGUGAUUCACAAUUUGGACCUAUUGCACAAAGGAAUAAGGAUCAAAUUCCACGUAGUCUGAAACUAAUACGUCGUAAGGAUAAGGAUACUAAACUCCGAAAUAUAUGCGGGGAUAUUUACGAUCUUCAUGUUUAUGUCUAUGGAAUAAGAGACGGUUAUCCGAAAUCUGUAUUGGGCACAACGAGUUUCAUACCUGAUCUCAAAGUGGCUUCAAAUGUGCAAAAUCAAGAUGUGGUAACAUCCGCAAAUGCAAUCAUCGAAUUGAAACGUCAAUUACGAGAGAUGUCAGCUAAGCAAAGCGAUUGCGAGAAAGACUUGGCCGAUUUUAAGAAGAAACACGAUAGUGAAAUUUCGAAGCUAAAGAAAGACAUUUCGUUGUUAGAGGAUAUUGUACAGAGUUUAAUAUUUAGGGUCAACCGUACCAAAGGGGAAAUAGGUCAGGUCACGAAAAACAAUUCGAUUAGCAAUAUAAGGCAAACAACGCAAUCAACAACUUUGAUAUCCAAGGAAAAUACGCCGUCUAAUAAUAAACUGAUUAAUAACUCUGACCUUGACAUGAUUGAAACAACAUGCAAUCAAGCAAAAUCAGCUGAUCAAUGUAAACAGUCCGAUGAUAAACAAAAAUCAGCUGUAAAAUCGAAUGAUGUGCAAAAGGAAUUCUAUCCAGCCUAUCUUCAAGACAAGGAUAAGGAAUUCCCGCAACUGUCAACUAAGACAAACGUACCCACUAUCACUCGUAGAAUGUCAGAGCCUGCUAAGCCACAGGAAAACACGGGUUGGAACGUGGUCGCCAGUAAGAAAAAGGCGCCGGUUAAGAUGGUUCCUUUUAACCAGUCUAGCGAUGAAUACAGUGGUGGUAAACAUGUGAAAUCGUUAACUCCACGACUUAAAGGUGUCGCUUUCGAGAAAUCAAAAACCCUAUACUUAGAAAACAUAUGUCAAGAGGAUUCGGAGUCAGACACCGACACUAUAAAAGUGGUUAAAGAAUAUGCAAAUAGCAAGUUGAUCAAAAUCUCGCAGAUAUAUGUAGUGCAUAAUAAAGUCACCAGCUACAGAGUUGGUUGUAAAAUCACGGUUCCGAUAUCAAUGGUGUCUAAAGCUAUGGAUGACGAGACAUGGCCCAGUCCAGUUACAUGCAGAGAAUGGAAACCACGCCCUUAUGUGGACAGGCGACCUGCUCCACCACCUCGACUACGAUAUAAGCGUCAAACUGAAGACCGUCGCGAGCCACGCCCUCCUCAGUUAGACCACGAUGAGGACAGUAUGUAUGCUAAUCGGACGCGUUCUAAUCAGAGUUACCAAAGAGAUGUGUAUGAAUAUGACCAUACAAGAGACCCACGCUUUGAAUAUAAGAAUGAAUCAAAUGAAAAUUACGACUGGUAUGACAAUCGUGGUUCUGUUUGGGAUUAA